GUCCGCCCGCCCUCCAUGCCUUCUCCUCCCGCUCCCCGGCUCCCCAGCCGGCACCCGCGGCUCCCGGGGAGGCCGGGCAGGAAGAGGAGUGGCCGCCGAGCCCCACCUGCGCCCCGCCGCCUCCAGGUGCCAGACGGAAGCGGCGGUGGCGCUGAGGGAGCCGGCGCCCGCCUCGGCGCGGGGCCCUGCGGGAGAUGGCGGGGGGCCGGGCGCUGGCCGCGCUCCUCGCCGCCCUCCUCGCCGCCUCGGCGCAGCUCCCCCGACGGGAAGCUUCAUUUACAAUCCCUCUUCAUGCGGUGGACAACGUCACAGUUACAAUUAAAUUAAGACCUGGUGUUUCAUUGGGCUGUCAAAUUAGUGUAAAAAAUAUGCGCAAGCUUGAACUGAAGAUAAGACCUGGGGAGAAUGUGACUUUUACCUUCACUUGUAGUACCCCAGAAAAAUAUUUCAUCAUGGAAAUUCAGAAGAAUAUUGAUUGUGUAUCAGGCCCAUGUCCCUUCGGAGAUGUUCAUCUUUACCCACCAGGACUACCUCGCCUUAACAGGACUUUCAUCUGGGACGUGAAGGCGAGUACAAAGGCUGGACUUGAACUGAAAUUUGCUGCCCCGUGGUUAAGACAGAUUCAGCCAGGAGAGUUGUGUCCGGAUUUAGUUAGCUACAACAUCAACAGCUGCAUAGAUACAGCCACAGUCAACAUUGGCACCUUCUGCAGAAAUGGUUCAGUGUCUCGCGUCAAACUGCUGGGAGGAGUUGUCAUGUCUCUGCACCUCCCGUGGAACUCUGCUCUCACCACCUCGGGCUUUAGCAUUGCAAACAGAUCUUCCAUAAAACGGUUAUGUAUUAUUGAAUCCAUUUUGAACAGGGAGUCUUCCAUCACACUGAUGUCCCCAAACUAUCCCUUGGGCUUUCCAGAAGAUGAGCUCAUGACGUGGCAGUUCGUAGUUCCUUCCAACCUGAGAGCAAGUGUGUUUUUCCACAACUACAGCCUCUCCAACUGCGAGAGGAAGGAGGAGAGAGUGGAGUAUUACCUUCCUGGCUCCGUCAGUAACCCAGAGGUGUUUAAGCUGAGUGACAGCCAGCCUGCCAAUAUUGCUGGCAGUUUCAACCUGUCCCUGCAGGGCUGUGAUCAGGACACUCAGAACCCAGGCAUCCUCCGCUUGCUCUUCCAAGUCGUCGUUCAGCAUCCUCAGAUUGAUGAGAAUGUCACCCAUUUGGUUGACCUCAGCAAGGAGCGGAAUAUGACUGUAACGAUACACUUUGAAGGCUGGCCCAGUCGAGUCCCGCUCAUGUCUGAACCGAUAUGCCUGAUCUGCAAGGAUCCUCGCACCUGCGACCGUGUUCUGACGCUGGUCUCUGGCGCCAUCUACAAGAUCUCCUUUCUGUGCAAAGACUUGUCCCACCUAAGGAUCACAGCUGAACAGGGCAUAAGCUGCGUAGAUCUUCGGUGGUGUCAGAAGAAGAUCCAUGCCCUUUCGGUGCCCAAGGCUAUUACCCAAUUGCCAGUUCUGCUGCAUAAAUUUAUUUGGAAGCUUAUAGCUCCCGAAGUGAUAAAUGUAGAAAUUACGUCUCCGUCCUUGAAACUGCAGCAGCACCUUCCAGAGCAGAGGUGUAACACGAGCUACAGUUACAGCAUUGUUAGUGCUACCCCGGAGAUGGACUUGAAUGUUGGUAUAUUCUGUCCUGGUGGAGCCAUUGAAAAGAUUCAGCUGAGGAACAAUAUCACCAUAUCCUUAAAAACAUUUGGUAAAGGUUUUUUCAAUGAUUCUAAUCAUCAGGAUCUGAAAAUGUCUUUUGUGCCACAUAUUAAAGAUGAGUGUACUUUCACUGUGAGCCCAGAUCCAAAAGCUAAAAUUUACUUGCAGAGUCCCAACUCCCCUUAUGGUCUACCUCCUUACGUCUCCAUAUCCUGGUACGUCAUUGUGCCCACUAAGCAAGUUGCUCGCCUGGGGUUCUCCAAGGACCGCAUGGGCAUUGCCUGCGAGACUGGGCGUGCCUAUGUCAACAUAAAGGAACAGACCUCCGGGGCAGAGGAAACCGUGCGCCGUGAGGAUGAGCUGCUGCCUGAGCCCCGAAACAUGCACCACAACUUCUGGGUAAAUGUCUCCAACUGUAAACCUGUAGACAAGAUGCAGCUGACCUUGCAAUUCUGGGUGACCUUGGCUGAAAAACAGAUAGAUCUAGCAGUGAUACUUGCUGUGCUGGCUGGGGCUGGAGUUCUUGCAGCUAUUGGACUCACUGUGUGCUGCGUUAAGAAGAAGAAGAAGAAAAGCCAGAAUCCCAUGGUGGGAGUAUACAAUGCUAACGUCAAUACCCAGAUGCCUGGAAAACAACGCCUAUUCAAAAAAGAUAGGAAAAACAACGAUUCUCAUGUCUAUGCAGUUAUUGAUGAUGCUAUGGUCUAUGGGCACUUGCUGAAAGAAUCCAAUGGCUCAGUCGCUCCAGAAGUUGACGUGUACCGGCCUUUUGAUGGGCCCAUGGGUAGCUUGCCACCUUCUCCACCUCCAUUCUCUUUCAGAAAAGACAUUAAACGUUCCCCUAGCACAGAGGAACCUCCACCUCUGGCAGAAACAGACCAUGACUCUUACACAUUCGCUCAUCAGAAAUCAGGGGAAUUGGAGGACAAUGGAGAUACAAAUGAGAAGAAUAAUGGAGAUACAAGCACGUCCUUCCUGGAGGAUAAGGAACAGGAGGGAUUAGAGGAAUAAUUUUAUGCCAGGCAUGGCAGUUUCCUGUGGAAAUACAGGUACCCUGUAAAGACAAGGUUCUAGGGGAAAAAAAAAAACAACAAACAAAAAAAGGUAACAGAAAAAGAGUGUUAUUUUUAAAUGUGUUUUGAUACUGUUUUGGCCUUGUUUGUUUUUUUAACUUCAGCUAUUGGUAGCUUCCAGUUUUAGAGUGAACAUCUAGUAAACUCAAACAAUGGAGCACUCCAGGAACGUUUACGUGUCUGGUUGUGGAAAUAGAUGGCAAAAGUAUGCUCCUGGUUUUUAUUGUAAAGACUUCAGGAGAAGGAAUUCAUAACAUUACCAGCUUAAAACUGUGGCAGCUAAUAGAGUGAGGAGAGUCUUCUGUCCAGUGUACUUCCUCCCUUCUCACGAGUCCUUUGUCCUCAGUGUUUGCUGGUGACUUUUUGAAGACAUAGGCCAUGUCAUGUGCUCAGGGCAGCUCCAAAUUGCACGCGUGUGUGUUCCUUUUCCUAAUGUCUAAGCGAAGGACUACAGACUGUCAUUUCCAAAGCUCGAGGCUUGAAAAUUCAUUGUAUUUAACAUAGUGAUUGGUAUGGAAGUGUACUGAAAGACCAUGUAUGCAGUCUAGAAGAGUUCUGUGCAGGUAAAUCAGUGUGAAUGCUUGGGCUCAUCUGGCUCAGAAGUAAAGUUAUGGGUUUUUAUCUGAUUUUCAACUGAUGUUAUAAUACUUCAAUAGCACUGUGUGACCCUAUACCAAAGAAUGUUUUUUCUUUAUGCUUUUUUUUUAAAAAAAAAAAAAAGUUUAAAAAUUCUAAAAACAAUUUGCACUUUGGUUCAGAUGCCUGUAGCGUUCACAUUUUGCUAGUAUCUUGACAUUGUGGUCCAAGUAAGACUAAGGAUUUGAUGAAGAAAUGACAACGCUGUCAUCCAGCUGUUUACUAAUGCAUUUUACUUUAACUGUUAGAGAUGCUUGGUUAUUUAAUAAGGAUAAGAAGCAGGGUAAAGAAAAAUAGAUUGUUUCCAGCAGGCAGUUUCUCUGAAAUGUAAACUGUGUGAGUGGACCCAUUAUAAGGGCCCACAUUUUGUGUUUUUUUGGUCAUUGGUCUGAAUUUAACAACUAUCUUGAAAUGAUGGUGGAGAUAACUCUUGAUUUCUAGUGGGACUUACACUUCAGUCAUCUAGCUGCCUUUGAAAACCACCUCUUGCAAUAAGGUAAAUAAUAGCUUCCAUUUCUGUGUGCUGUACUUAGCACGUCCCUCAGCUUCUGUGCCUUUUACAACUUGAGGGUCGCAUCUUCAUGCAGAGGACCACGGGUAUACGACUUAAGUUGGCUUUUAUAUACAGACAUCUGGCUUGUCUGGGUGUGCAGUUACUUAAGAUGUUUGCAAUUUUGCAAGCAGCACAAGACUCAGCAACUUGAGAAUUUCUCUCCAAAUGUUUUACCGUGACUGUUUCUUGCCUAAUGAUGCACAGAGGUACCAUAUACCAAGGGUGUUGCAUGCAAUAACAUCUAAAAUUAAAAUGUCUUUACUAAAAACCUUACUGUUUACAUCAAAAGAAAUGUAGAUUUCUUCCUGUGUUGUCAAUUUGCAAUGCCAGCACAGUUUAUGUAUAUGGACAAGUUUGUAUAUUUAACAGUUAUACCAUUAUACUGCCUGGACUAGUAUGAGAUUAAGUAUAAUGUUAUAUAUGUCACAUUUGUCUCAGUUUUCUGUAGCAUGUCAAAAAACACAUGCCAGCUAAAAGUGCCUUUUAAUUGUUUAAUGUAUUUUUCUGCUUGCGUUUAGCACUUUUAAUACAGAAAUGUGUUCCUAGAUCUCUGGCAGGUCACUGGGAUCACAUAUUUCAAAGUGUACUGGGGGUAUUUUCAUGUCAUUUGAGAACUUGAAAGGAUUCCUGCGGUACCGAUGUAUCUUUUUCUCAGGUAACUGGAUUGCCACAGUACCUUUUAUCAGGGUAGUCCAGUUAUGAGUUCAUCUGGUCAGUGCUUCUCUCUUCUCGUUCCUUGAAAAGGAACGCGUUUGUGAGAGAAACUAAAGCCUGCCUCGCUCUUCCAGCUCAGUUUCUGCAGUUGCUUAGGUGAAAUCUUUGAGUUCAUGUUCUUUCUGGAAAAAAAGAUGAAAACAUCAUAGAGGUUAGGCUUUUGUUUACAACCUCUUGAUAGGAAGAAUAUGAUGCUUAUGGAUGUCUUAUUUGUUCUAUUUUAACUCAGCUCUUGGUAUGACAAUCUAAACCUUAGACUGGAAACAACUGUACACUAGGGUUGACUUCCACUGUGCUUACGUUGGUACAUUAGGGUAAGAGUUCAGGCACAAAUUGCAGUUCACUUUUCCACGUGAGAAAGUUGUGACUUUUUAAAAAUAAAUAAAAAGUAACUAUAUUACCA